AUAAUUAUUUUGAAUCCAGCUGCUAAAAUUAAGUUAUACCUUACAAAAUUUGGGUCUGUGUUGGACACUUUCGGUUCUGAAGAAUCUUAGCCAGCUAAGAGGCCGGGAUGGCUGCAAAACCUGAUCAUGAUGGCCCGAGGCUGCAUGCUUUCUCUGAGCUUCGGGGAGGAGGUGGUCGUAGUAGUGGUGGACUUGGACCACUGCACCUAGCCUGUUUGACGAACAACUCUCAUCAAGUUGCUACUUUAUUACGUAACAAAGCAGUGGAUAUCUCUGCUACUGAUAAAAAUGGAUGUACACCACUUCAUUGUGCUUGUCAUGCUGGGAACAAAGGAAUAGUUGAGCUUCUUAUUCAAGAAAGAGCUAAUCGUCUUACGUCUGCUUUGCAUAAAAAUGAUGCUCACUCUAAAAUCAAAUCUUAUUUCAAUCUCACUGAUAAGCAUGAAAAUACACCAAUUGGUAUUGCUUGUAUAGCAGGGCAUACAGAGAUAGUUGAGCUACUACUGAAGCAGGAUGGAGUUGAUAUCAAUCACACUGAUAGCCAAAAACGUACACCACUUGACAUGGCGUGCAAACAAGGGCAUACAGAAACAGUUAAACUACUACUGGAGCAUGGAGCUAAAGUCAGUGUUACUGAUGGAAAUGAACUUACACCACUUUGUAAUGCCAGUAUACCGAGACAUAAAGAAAAAGAAAUAGGUCAACUACUACUGAAGUAUGGUGUAGCUAAUGUCAAUCACCCUAAUAAAGACAAUGUACAUCACACACCACUUGGUAUGACCUGUAUAGAAAGAUGCAAAGAAAUAGUUAAACUACUACUGAAGAAUGGAGCUAUUGGCAAAGUCACUGAUGAAGAUAAUGUAAGAGACAAAAUUUUUAAUUGUAUUAGUGAGAGACUCAUCAAGUUUUUGCUGGAAGAGAGAUUAUUAUUAUUAUUAUUAUUAUCAUUAUUAUUUAUAAUAAUAAUAUUAUUAUUAUUAUUAUUAUUAUUAUUAUAAAAAGUAAUUAAAUUAUUACGUACUAUCAAUAAUGCAAGUAAACCAAGGUAGAAAGACACCAGUUUAUGGGGUAG